AUGAUUGCAGUUUCCCUGCAGAGGGAGGAGAGCUUCUAUUCUUUACAUGCAUAUAAGCGAGGGAACGUUCCAGCCCCAAUACUCAAGCCAGGAAAAGUUGUUAUCCUGCUGAAUGGACGUAGAGCGGGAAAGAAGGCCAUAAUUAUAAACACGUAUGAAAGCCAGACGAGGGAGAGACCCUACAGCUAUUGCCUCGUCGCAGGAAUAGAGAAGCACCCUUUGAAGGUAACCAAGAAAAUGUCCAAGAGGAAAAUUAUGAAGAGAUCAAAGGUUAAGGCAUUUGUGAAGUACAUUAACGUGAAUCACAUCCUCCCAACGAGAUACCAAGCGGCCAACGACUUCGACAUCAAAAGUUUAGCAUCGGACGAUGUUUUAAGAUCCAAGAAUAAAAAGAAGGAGGUUAAAAAAUUGGGAAAAAUGUUCAGAGAUAAAUUCUUAGACCCAAUUAACAAAAAAACCGGUGAAGUUUCCAAGGACAUUUCAUUUUUGCACAAGAAAUUAUACUUCUGA